AAAAAAAUAUUUGGGAAGCGGAGAAAGAAAGGAUUGGGAUUCCAGGGAAGGCUGUAAGGUGGUGGCCUGUAACGAGUGAGGAGAGAAAGGGUAAGACCAAGCCACGAAUCCGACUGACGACGGGGGAGGGGGGGCCUGCGUUCUUGACUUUGCCCUGUAAUGGGGGAGAAAGAGGAGGGUGGAUAGGGAGAUACACGUAGCGAGAGCGUAUAGAAGAGGAGAGUCUCGGACAGAGGAGGGCUAUUAUGGAGGGUGGAAUGCCGAACAAGACAAUCAAUAAGGAAUUAUGGUCCGGAAUAUUACAUAUGUAUCACAAGGAGAUGUCAGGUAUCUCCAGUUCAAUCCAUGAGCUCAAGUCUCCCACAGCCACAGUGGGUAUCGAUAAUUAUUAUCUAUGCGCGUGCAGCUCUCAUUACAAAUCUCGGGAAAAUCCCGUGGUAUAUCUCAAUUCUCAAUUCUCAAUUCUCAAUUCUCAAUUCUCAAUUCUCAGUUCUCAGUUCAUUGAGUUCAUUGAGUUCAUCUUGGUAAGUACUAUUAAUUAAUAAUUCUUAUUUCCAUUCAAUUCACCACGAUUCUACUACGUACUUGCACGUUCAUCCUUAAGGGCUCCACCCCUCCACUCCUCCAGAUCCUAGUGUGCCAGCCGAUUACGCACAGAAGCCGAUCCGGUGAUGUACAGGCAACCUGGUCAGGUGGCUUGAUGGUUUCCAGUGUUCCAGCGGCUAUCAGCGAUUGAGCGAUGUCGACAUGUCGUAGCACAGAUUGUCAUGCGGAGAGUCCGCUCGACUCUGGUUCUAAUCUAGUCACCCCCGCUUUAAAAGAGCUUGUAAAACAGGCGGAACGUGGGGACAGUAGAGGCCGAGAGGUACAGGCGCACAGCACCCAGGCGUCGGAAGUUUGAAGUCCACAGUCAGAAGUCCACAGCCUGAAGUCCACAGCCAAAAGACGAAAGUUAAAGCUCUGCCUCCCUCUCUCAGCACUCUCAGCCGGAUGAGGAUUGAGAAGGCAACACGAUGCUGC